AUGGCAGUACCAGUAGUUGUGUCGAAACCGAAGCGAUAUUAUUUGCCGUUAUCAUUAUCAGUUGAUGAUGCUGAAUACCGCUAUAAACGAUUGCAAUAUGAUAUUGGUUAUGAAAUUUUAGCCAAUUUACGAUAUUUUGAUGCUGAACUAUUUGCACAUAGCAUAACAUCUUAUCCAAUAGUGCUCAUGCAACAAUCUCUUAUCAAAAAUCAGCAUGGCAAUUUCUUAUCAGAGAAAGCAAUAUCACUAUCAUAUUCAAGGCUUACCAGUGGUUGUAAUAGGAUGAAACAAGAAGAAAGCAUUCCAAAGCAAACAAUGCCACAACAAUUAUCCAAACAUUCUCGAUCUUUGCCAUUAGCUCCUAGAAAUAAGGAACAAAUGUUCAAAAAAUGCUGCCAUGAACGAUCGGAAAACAUAAAAUUCAAGAAAUUUUCGAAAAUUUUUCCUGCAACAAAACACAUCAGUCUGUUAUCAACACGACAUGAAACUGAUAAUAAUAAGAUAAAUUUUGUGGAUACAAAUUAUGAUCGGGAUCACAAUACGGAUUCAAGAAUAAAAUCGCCUACACUCAGAUAUUCCAAUCGUUUCAGCGAACGAUGCCUAAAGACAACGCUUGUUGCAUCGGCGGAAAAAAUGAAACACGCUUUUCGUCGGAAUGUAAAAGCUAUUGAAAGUCCAACAAUGUCAAAGGAUCAUAAAUGCAUGCAAUAUCCAAUGAACUAUUUUAUUAAUGAAAAUAAUGAUGUAAGUAAGCUAUGUUUUGAUUUAAACAAAUCGAAAUUACAUCGAAUUAAAAAAAUAUCGGAAGUUUUUGCAGAAUAA